GGCAGUAUAUGCCGUGACUUCUUCCAUGACUUUCUCAUUUAAUUUCUAAUAACUUUUACCAAGCAAGGCUGUUUGUAUUUGAUGGCAUGAGCCCUUUUCUGUAAACAUCAUAUUGCAAUGAACGCUUUUCAUCAUUAUUUUAAGAAUGUUUCGCAAAAUGACAUUCCGUCUGCUUGAUUAGAUGUGCGCCAAAUAAUAUCUGUGUUUAUGGUGUAUAUAUGUCGAUGAUAAAAGGAGCACCUAUCAUUAUAUUUGCUGAGCGUAAAUAAAUUUACCAGGUCAAUCUUUACCGAAAGACUAUAUAGGCCAUACAGGGGUCCAGCCCAGCGGAAUUAUUUAAGCUCAACUGAAUACAAUUCAAAAGAAGAGAAACAUGAAUUCAACCAUUUCCAUGGAUACAACUAUAUCGACGAUUGCAUCCACUUUGGCGAAUUCUACAACCAUCUCGAUGAUGAAUUCAACCAUCUCGACGAGUCUGACCUCCUUGGCGAAUUCCACAGCCACUUCGAUGAUAUAUUCAAGCAUUUCGACGAGUCCAAAAACCUUGUUGAAUUCCACAACCAUCUCAAUAAUGAAUUCAACCAUCUCGACUAUCAACUCGACGACCAACUUGAAUAGAACGAGCAGCGUUGGCUUAUCAUCGUCUGUUCAACAUGUUCAACUUGAUUACCACGAGGCUCUUGAGCUCGUGAACGCCUCUUUGCUGUGUGCCACGAGCAUCAAGAGAUUCGUUGAACCGAAUGACAAGUGGUUCUUUAUCAGCAUUUUCCUCUACGCCACUCUUUCUCUUAUGUCAGGUCUAUACUCUGCCCUCACUACGAGCUUUUUCUCCUUGGAUCUGACCCGUCUGGAGCUCUGUAUCCGCCAGGGUUCCCCCAGGGAGCGCCUCUACGCCUACCGGGUAAUCCCCCUACUCAAGAGCCCUCACAUGCUCCUCGUCACCCUCAACAUCGGGAGCGUUGCCGCCAUCGUAUGCCUUCCCAUUCUCCUCAACUUCAUCGUCAGACCAGUGUACUCCAUCCUCCUCUCCUCGUUUGUCGUGUUCUUCUUCAACAAAGUACUGCCUCAGGCGAUUGGUGAGAGGCAUGGCCUAGCUCUAGCUGGAAUCAUGACGUGGUUUGUUUAUCUCUCAAUGUUCCUAUUCUUCAUCGUGGCAUGGCCCGUUGCGUUUCUUCUAUCUGUCUGCCUGGGAACGAGAAAGGAGAGAUUCUACCAGAGAUCAGAACUCAUUGCGCUAAUGGAACUUCAGAUGACGUCACCAGACGCUGCGGCUGAGAAAAAGAAUUUGAGUCCGGAUGAGGUGCUUAUUAUAAAGGGCGCAUUAGAUGCUGGUAGGAAGGUUGCCAUGGAUGCAAUGAUACCACUGAAUGAGGUUCCUCCUCAGGUUCCAUCGGUGAACUUCUCUCAGGUGACCGCCCGCAAAGACCAGAACGCAAACACAUUCGGUGACCCGAAUACGACGAGUUUUUUCGAAGACGAGUUUGAGGAUCGAGGGGUAAUGUCAGACACCGACUCAGGGGGUCGCCAGCCCCUCCAUGCAGUCGCUUCAAACACACCCCUCUAUGAUAUCCUGGAUGAGAUGAACAUCGGAUGCUAUCGUGUAGCAGCUGUGUAUGAUAAUGUGACUGGGGUUGUCAGGGGAAUUCUAACCCUGCAGAAUGUGUUGGAUGUAAUACUUGGACAGAGUCGUUCGUCGAUUCGCCGUGACUCUAGAAAAAUGACAAUCAAGAAAAUGAAAUUGGUUCAGUCCCGACGUCAGCUCGCCAUCGAUCGACGCUUAUCCCUCCCUGAAGAUACUUUCAAAUAUGUAAAACUUCGACUUCCUGGAGAAAGCCCUUUGAUCUCUUGACAACACCGCAGAUUAAUCUACACAUCAGGAACCGACAACAACUUCAAGUGCCCAAUUGGAAUGACCAUAGACCCAACGUUGAGGGCUUGUGCUGACAAUCACGUCAUGUGGAAGGUUCAAGAACUCAAUAAAUGUAUUGAAAAUGCCCGUCAAAUGAUAAUUAACAAUUGGGAGGUCUUUGUCGAAAAUGUGUGAACCGGAACAGCAGUUUCGUCAAAAGUUUACGAGCUGAUGUCGUUUGUCCAUGCAUGCCUAGAGUUGAGGACGGAACUGCUCUUCUGAUUCACCACUGUCGACACUGAGACUUCUUCGUUGUUCUUUGUCGAAGGAAAAUUGAAAAUAUACAUUUUCUGAAUGUUCUUGAUCACUCUUUACGUUAAGGAGCGAAAACUCAAUUUUUUAAUAUCGCAGUCACAACCAAGGAAAUGCAUGGACUCCAAACCGACCGACGGUAUGUCAUUCUCAGCAAUAUAUCUUUGAUCGAUCUGAAUUUAGUCAAAUUGGUAUGAUGUGACUGCAACAUAUGAGAUUGUAACC